AUGUCAUCAUUAAAUGUUAAUAAUAAUUGUAACCUAUUGAUUAAUAAUAAUGGCCAAUAUGAUAUUAUUAAUCGAAAUGCUGGUCAUUUCUAUCAUCAUCCUCAUCAAUAUGUACAACAACAACCGCAACAACCAAUGAAUACCUCAUCAUCAUCAUUAAUAUCAAGACAAUCAUGGACUAAUAAUAAUACGGUGGAUAAAUUUUCAUCCAGAGAUGUUAUAUCACCUGUAAUGAUAAAUUCUAACAACAAUAUAAAUAAUAAUAAUAAUAAUAAUAAUGAUCGAACAAUUGGAACUAGCAAAUUUUCACAACCAUUUUCCACAACAUUCCAUAAUACGGCGAAAUCACAACAGAUUAAUAAUAAUAACCAGAAUUUUUCAACACCAUUAUCAAUAGCUGAUAAUAAUCGAAUUAGUCAUAAUAAUAUUCAACUUUCCAAUGAUAAUAAUAAUAAUAAUUCAUCAAUGACGUUAAAUGAUGGUAUCACUGGAAAUGAUGUUGUUGUUAACAAUGGUCAAAUAAUUAAUGAUAAUCAUACAAUGCCAUUACCACAAGAUUGGGAACAUGCUAUCGAUCCUGAAUCAGGUCGAAAAUAUUUUGUUAAUCAUAAUAAUAGAGAAACACAAUGGUUUGAUCCACGUGAUGUCUAUACAAAACCGGCUACAUUUGCUGAUUGUAUUGGUGAUGAAUUACCUGUUGGUUGGGAACAAGCAUGUCAUCCAUUAUUGGGAAAUUAUUUUAUCGAUCAUAAACGACGAAUCAAUCAAUUAGAUGAUCCAAGAAUUGAAUGGUUAGCUGUACAGGCCAAUAUGGUUAUCGGUUAUCUUGAACAGGCUAGUGCUGUAAAUGAAAAUGAGCAAAUUACAUCAACGCAACAACAACAACAACAACAACAAGACCAACAAAUUUAUUCUAAUACAGAAUCUAUGGUUGCUGCUGCUAAUCACUCAUCAAUAUCGAUAAAUGAAAUGGCCAAUACUAGUAAUAAUAAUGUGACUGCUGUUGAAAAUGAUUAUAUGAAUCGAAAUGAUUUAGCUUUGGCUAUUAAUAAUAUUCAAAUUGAUGAUUUAAACAUUAAUGGUGAUAAUACGAAUCAACACCAGCAAUCGACUACCGUAAAUACUAAUAAUCGAUCAAUCAAUAAGAUUAAUCUACAAUUUGAUGAAAAUUCUGCUUAUGCUGUCAUCGAUUGUUAUUCAAGACAACAACAUCAACAACAUAAUAAUAGUAAUGAUGAUCUGGAUAAUUAUGCUAACCUUUCAUUAUAUAAUCAAACGACAAACAAUGUUAGCCAUCCUACUAUUGAUACGAUUUUUGAUCAAUCAUUAUUAUCAGCAACACCACAACCAGCUUCUAUUUUACCUCCUGCAUUACCAUCAAUGCCACCACCAUUAUCAUCAAUACGGUCAGCAAUUUCAUCACAAUCGAUUGGAAAUAAUUAUUCUCAUAUUAAUAACAAUAUCAAUAAUAAUAACAACAAUAAUAAUAGCCGUACAUCAUCGAUGCAAUCAUUGGUGGCCAUACCAAGCUAUAAUAAGAAUCAUAAUCAUUAUGGUCAAUUAUCAUCACCACCACCGCCACCACUAAUGACAAGCCACCAAUAUCGACAGAAUCCAUUAUUAUUACAACAAUCAUUAACAGAAGCAAAACAACGUGUUGAACAAUUAAAACGUGAACUUUGUUCACCAUCAUCAACAUCACCAACGAUAACAAUGUCAGCAAAUAAUAUUGCUGAUCAUCAUCAUCAUCAUAAUAAUACUAUGAUGAUACAAUCAUCAUCAUCACCAAUACAAACACCACCACUGCCAUCAUCAUCAUCAUCAUCAUCAUCGUCAUAUAUAAAAAAUCAAAAUUCAAUUCCUCAAAAUCAUCAUUCAAAUGGACAAUCGAAAACGAAUAUAGUGCCAACUAAUCGAACCAAUGAUCAUAAUAAUCAUAUAUUUUCCAUUAUUGAUCGUUAUUAUACUAAAGAUGGCCAAAAACAUACGAAUGCUAUCGAAGUGUGAAUUUUCUAAAUUAUUAUUAGUAUUUUUUUUUCAUUUUUAUUUUGCUCCCAAUUUUUUUCUUUGUUUUGAAA